UACCCAACUACGCAGACUUUGCAGUGCCAGCGCGUGACUUGGUGAGGUUUCCGAUGCCUUGAACCUUGAGCUGUCGUUUCUUAGAGAUCAAUAGGGUGCACACUGGCACACAUGCCUUCUUGGUGCUUGCGGUUUGUCAGCAGCGGGACUGACACAAAUUCAAACGCGUGUCAGGCGUCUGCGCAGUGGGGUUGGGCGCAGUUCGUACUCGAGACGGAAGCGGAGUUUCCGGCUCUUUGCUACCGAUUGAGCGGAGUGCUGACACCGCCAAAACCCAACCGAAAAAACCUUUGAUUUUUUUUGGAUAGCGUGCACUUGAUCGCCAAUUGUGAAUAUCGUCGCAUCUGGGCUCGCGUCUGGUUUAGUCCGGACCUAGGGUUCGGUUCGGUGAGAGCAGAGGAGAGGCGCGGAGCUAACGAGGCAGGGGUGACCCACCAACUACCGGCAUGGCCCGCGACUACGAUUACCUCUUUAAGCUGCUCAUCAUCGGGGACAGCGGGGUGGGCAAGAGCAGCCUUCUGUUACGAUUCGCAGACAACACAUUUUCAGGUAGCUACAUCACCACCAUCGGCGUGGACUUUAAGAUCCGGACGGUGGAGAUCAACGGUGAGAAGGUGAAGCUGCAGAUCUGGGACACCGGCGGACAGGAGCGCUUCCGCACCAUCACCUCCACGUACUACAGAGGCACCCACGGGGUCAUAGUGGUGUAUGACGUCAGCAGCGCCGAGUCCUUCGUCAACGUAAAGCGAUGGCUGCACGAAAUCAACCAGAACUGUGACGAUGUGUGUCGGAUAUUAGUGGGGAACAAAAACGAUGAUCCCAACUCGAAGGUCGUGGAGACAGACGACGCUCAGAAGUUUGCAGAGCAGAUGGGAAUCCGACUCUUUGAGACGAGCGCGAAGGAGAACAUCAACGUAGAGGAGAUGUUUAACAGUAUAACAGGGCUGGUGCUCCGGACGAAGAAAGAGAUGGUGGCAAAGCAGCAGCAGCAGCAGCAGAAUGACGUGGUGAAGCUGACCAAGAACAGCAAACGCAAGAGGAAGUGCUGCUAAUGCUUUACUCUCUCACACACACACACACACACACACACACAUACACACACACACACACACACACACACACACACACACACACACACACAACAGAACUACCGUCAACUGAAAUCCCACGAGAGAGUGUGGAGAAGACAUGGAUCCUAUACAAGUGGAGUGGCAAGCUGAGACGAAGCACCGUUCCACAGACUUCUGAAGGGGGCGAUAAUGUGCGGAUUUGAUUAGUCUGGAGGAGUUUCACUCAAGUGUGGAAGAGAUGCAUUAUUUAAAGAUUUAUCCUCCUGUGGUGUCAGGAGAGGUCAGAUUUCUGCUUCCUGCUUGUCAGCCCCACCCCCCCCAUGUAGGACACGCCCAUUCCAGCCACCUCUCUGCCUGAGGAUGACGAUGAUGGAGAUGAUGAUGAUGAUUAUGAUGAUGGAGAUGAGGGUGGUGCAUCAGUUCUUCUUCUUGUUUGGGUUGGGUUGGUCUGUUCCCAAGUAAAGAUUGGGGAACGCAGAGUGACUGCAGCGAGUGCUUUGAUACACCUCCCCCCACCCCACCCCAAACAUCAACGUCUCCUCCAUCCUCUUGGUUUUACUGAGACAGAUGCCAAUUCAUAACAGAUCCUCAAGGUUUUGCUUUUAAAACUUUUAAUGGUGACAAUGCUGACUGGUAGGCUGAACCUUACUCAUUGGGUGUUCUGCCUCAGUCCGCACAACAGAACUGCAUUUGUUUGUUUUGUCCUCUUUUGUUGCCAAGUGUACCCCACCCCCCCCCCCCCACCCC